AUGAAGACCGCCGCUGCCGUCGCUCUUCUGACCGCCGCGUCGGGUGCCGUCGCCGCGCCGGGUGGCCGCAACUACAAGGACAUCCCCGUCGGAGGGCCCCUCCGCAACAAGGUCGGCAACUUUGCUAGCCAGCAGGUCAACUCGCCCUGGGGCGGCGGCGUCCAAGAGGGCAACGGCUGGACCUUUGUCACUGGCACCACCAAGAUCCCCUCCAUCACGGGCCAGGACAGCUACGCCGGUACCGCCGCCUGGGUCGGCAUUGACGGCUACGGCUGCCAAAACGCCAUCCUCCAGACCGGCGUCCAGGCCCACGGCGACGGCACCGUCCGCGCCUGGUACGAGUGGUGGCCCGAGCCCCCCGUGUACUACGACGACCAGUUCCCCGUCAGCGACGGCGACGUCAUCCGCAUGUCCGUCAACGCCACCUCGGCCAACUCGGGCACCUCCACCCUCGAGAACCUCACCACCGGCGCCCACAUCACCACUCCCUACGACAACAUGCGCGAGUCCCUCUGCCAGACUGACGCCGAGUGGGUGCUCGAGUAUGGCGGCGACUCCCAGAGCUUCGCCAACUUUGGCGAGUGGGACUUUUACGACACCAGCGCCACCGGUAGUGGUGGUACUGUUGGCGCCGACGGCAGCCGCAUCACCAACGUUGUCGUCAACGGACAGACCCUCACCGACUGCAAGGCCGACUCCCAGGGCGUCCAGUGCGCGUACAGCGGUUAG